AUGAUAUUUGGAAUUUUUGCUUUGUUAUCUACAUUGAUUUGGGCUGAAACUGCCACAAGCGAAGUGACCAGAGAUUAUUGCUCUCUUCCUGAUCCAAUUUAUGCGGACGGUGUUUCAGCAGCAGAUUUUGGUGCAGCAGGUUGGAGUUAUGCUAACGCUGCAACCUGGGCAGAUUUUGUUGUAACGUGCGGGGGUAGUUUCUAAUCUCCUAUAGACAUCGUCACAAGUGGAAGUACUCAAGAAUCUGUUCAACCACAAAUCAACUAUAAAAGUAAGGACGCUAAUACUGCUUAUGAAGAAGCAAACAAGCCAUACACCAAAGAAUAUGAAGGAGAGUACUCAGAAAUAGAGGUAACCGAUGCCUCUGGUUCUGUCAUUCGUUAUUAUGCCAAAUAAUUCCACAUUCACACACCAUCAGAACAUACUAUAGAUGGUAAAUAUUAUGAUUUGGAAAUCCAUUUUGUUCAUCAAGCUAUCCAAGAUGAUGAAUAAGAUUGUAACAAAGUCAAAAAUAAACUAACUGUAUUCGGAAUUAUGUUUUAAGAAUCCUCAAGUGCUACGGAUUACGACGUAUUUAAACCAUGGUUCGAUUCCAAUGCUACAGGGGAGGUCGAAUCCUUUGAUUUAAAUGAUUUCUUCUCCAAAAUGUCUGAUAACACCUAUUAUCAUUAUAAUGGAAGUCUAACCACACUUCCUUGUUCAUAAACUGUCAAUUGGGUCGUAUUCUAAUAAGCGUUACCUAUUUCAUCAACCUAAUUGAAAUAGUUUUAGGAUUUCCUCGGUGACUCUACUGUGUUCCCAAUUAAACACAAUAACAGACCCAUCUAACACUUAAAUGGAAGAAAGAUUUUGAAAGGAACUGCCAUUGCUGCAAGUGUAACUGAGAUACCAGAUGUGGAAGCCUCAUUUGCUUAGACACUUGCUAUGGCUAUUUUAAUGACCGUCUUUUUGAUUUAAUGAGAAAUUAUAAAUAAAUAUAAAUUAUACAAAUUUUAUAAAUAUUU